AAAAUCAAACGAAUAAAAAUCUCUUACUCUAACUAUUCACAAAUUUAGAGAUUAUUUUAUCCAAAAUGCAAUUGUGACGAGCGAGAUAGCAUUUUGAAAGACAAAAUCUCUUACGUUAACGAAACAGCCAUUACCAAUCUCCUUCUUCUUGUUAUUCUUUCUUUACGAAAAUGAAUUAUCCAAUGCUAAAACCCCAAACAACACCUUACCACCAUCCACAAACUCUAAUCCCACAAAUCAAACACUGCAAAACAAUACAACAAUUAAAGCAACUCCACGCCAUUUUCAUCAAAACAAACCAAACACAUGACCCAACAGUAUCAACAGAGCUUCUCAAACUCUCAUCCACCUCAGCUUUUCGAGACCCGAUUUAUGCCCUCUCUCUGUUCGACCAAAUGCCUCAACCAAACGUCUUUGCAUGGAACACUGUCAUAAGGGCAUUUUCUGAUAGCAGUAAUGCUGAUAAAGCAUUGUUGCUUUUCUGUCGAAUGUUGUUUGAUGGUUUUGUGGAGCCUAAUAGCUUCACUUUUCCUUCUGUUUUGAAGGCUUGUUCUGUUGUUGAUGGGUUGAAAGAAGGGAAACAGAUUCAUUGUUUGGUUGUUAAGUUUGGAUUUGUUGAUGAUGAAUUUAUUAUUAGUAAUUUGAUUAGGAUGUAUGUUAUGUGUGGGAGUAUUGAGAAUGCUAGUGUUUUGUUUCAUAGGAAUGUUGAUUUUGUGAGUAGUAGAAAUGGAGUGAUAGUGAGAGAUAAGAGAAGGCAAGAGGGUAAUGUUGUUCUAUGCAAUGUUAUGAUUGAUGGGUAUGUAAGAAAUGGGAAACUUGAUGUUGCUAGGGGCAUGUUUGACAAAAUGCACCAAAGAAGUGUGGUUUCUUGGAAUUCGAUGAUUUCUGGGUAUGCUCAAAAUGGGUUUUUUAUGGAGGCGAUUGACUUGUUUCGUAGGAUGAUGGAGAUGGGAGAUGUAUCGCUGAAUCGGGUGACUCUGGUUAGUGUGUUGCCUGCAAUUUCACGGCUUGGAGCACUUGAAUUGGGGAAAUGGGUGCAUUUGUAUGCGGAGAGGAACGGGAUUCAGAUCGAUGAGGUUCUUGGUUCUGCUCUUGUUGAUAUGUAUGCUAAGUGUGGGAGCAUUGAAAAGGCAGUUCAGGUGUUCGAGAGGCUGCCGCAAACUAAUUAUAUAGCUUGGAAUGCUGUAAUCGGUGGUCUUGCUAUGCAUGGUAAAGCCAAAGAAGUGUUGGAUUGUUUUUCAAGGAUGGAAAGAAGUGGAGUAUCACCUAGUGAUGUUACUUACAUAGCAAUCUUGAGUGCUUGUAGUCAUGCAGGUUUAGUUGAAAAGGGGAGAUCAUUUUUCAAGGAUAUGGUUAAUAGGGUUGGAUUAGAGCCAAGGAUAGAACACUAUGGGUGUAUGGUUGACCUUCUGGGACGUGCUGGCUAUCUAGAAGAAGCCGAGGAACUAAUAAUGAAUAUGCCAAUAAGAUCAGAUGAUGUCAUAUGGAAGGCAUUGCUCGGUGCUUGUAAGAUGCAUAAAAACGUCGAAAUUGGUAGGCGUGCAGCCGAGGUUUUGAUGAAACUUGCUCCUCAUGAUAGCGGAGCAUAUGUGGCUCUCUCAAAUUUGUAUGCCGCAUCGGGAAAUUGGGAUGGUGUUGCCAAGGUGAGGUUGAUGAUGAAAGAGAUGGAUAUAAGGAAAGACCCUGGAUGUAGUUGGAUCGAAAUCGAUGGUGUUAUACACGAGUUUCUUGUUGAAGAUGAUUCUCAUCCUAGAGCCAAAGAAAUAAACUCAAUGUUGAAGGAAAUUUCAAAUAAGUUGAGCUUGGUUGGUCAUAUGCCAAAUACUACACAAGUGUUGGUUAAGAUGGACCAGAAACAUAAAGAGAGUUUGUUGCACUACCAUAGUGAGAAGAUUGCAGUUGCAUUUGGUUUAAUUAGUACAUCUCCAAAGACAACCCUUCAGAUUGUUAAAAACUUGAGAAUUUGUGAUGAUUGUCAUUCCUCAAUGAAGUUAAUCUCAAAAUUUUAUGAGCGUAGGAUAGUUAUUAGAGAUAGGAAACGGUUUCACCAUUUUGAAAAUGGUUCAUGUUCUUGUAUGGACUAUUGGUAGUUUGGCACUCUGUUACUUGGUGCAUCUAACUCCCCUUGCUUGUGUGAUUGAAGAGUAGUAUUAGCGUCAGUCUCUUUUCAACAAUCACUCUCUUUUUGGGUGAAAUACAUGUAAGUCCCACAACUUUGGAAAUGAGUCCCACAUGUAUUUUAUUAAAUAAGAAAGUGAAUGUUGGAAAAAGAGAAUAUUAUUAGCACUACUCGUGAUUGAAUAUAUAAUCUCCAUAUUUAUUAAUUUA